AAAGAAAAUUAAGCUGAAAAAUAGAAGUGCUUAACAAAUUGUGGUGGAAUUUUGGAGACCAAGUGCAGUUUUUGUUAAAGUAAUGUCCAAGCAACAUUACUUUAAAUAUUCAUAAUAAUCCGCACAGUCGUUUUUGUGUUGAAGUGUGACAAACAUCCGUACAAACAUUCACGUACAAAAUAUUAAGAGGCUCACAUCGUCUGAGCAAGACGACAGUGUCUGACCAAGCAGCUCGCCUCGUCACAGAUAAGUCUUAAAGAGUCGUUCGCGCGUUCAAUUGAUUCAGUAGGACUCGCGGCUUCACACAAGACACUUGACGUUAAAAUGUCUCAGACAAGUGGCAGCACGGACAUCAAAGCAUCGGCCUUAGAGCUGAUCGGCAACACUCCACUCGUAGCGCUGGACAGGCUCUGGCCUGGACCUGGAAGGAUCCUGGCCAAAUGUGAGUUUAUGAAUCCUGGAGCGUCCAUCAAAUGCCGGUCGUCGCUUCACAUGAUCACUAAGGCCUUGGAGUCUGGAGCUUUGAAGCCGGGGGAACCUGUCCUGGAAAUCACCUCCGGGAAUCAGGGAUGUGGUCUGGCGGUGGUGUGCGCGGUGCUGGGACAUCCUUUGACCGUGACCAUGUCUGCUGGGAACAGCGUGCAGAGAGCGAUACACAUGGAGGCUCUCGGAGCCAGGUGUGUCAGGGUUCCGCAAGUAGAAGGCACAUACGGUAAUGUGACAUUAUCUGAUGUCAAAGCAGCGGAGGAGAAAGGUUUGAAGCUGGUGGAAGAGACUGGCGCGUACUACGUCAACCAGUUCAACAAUGAUAUGAACUCUCGAGCUCAUUACGAAACAACGGGCCCAGAGAUCUGGAGACAGACUGGCCAGCGAGUCGACGCGUUCGUCGCCACAGUCGGCACAGCAGGAACCUUCGCUGGGACCUCCAGAUAUCUCAAGGAAAAGGAUCCGAGUAUUGUUUGUGUGGUCGUGGAACCAGAAGGGUCUGAGCCCAUCAAAGGCUGCGAAGUAACGAAGCCAUUGCAUUUACUCCAGGGUUCGGGUUAUGGAUGUGUUCCAAAUUUGUUCAACUAUGAACACCUGGACGACACCAUAAGCGUCAGUGACGAGGAAGUCCUGGAAUACAAGAGGCUGAUCGGAGAAAAAGAAGGUCUGUUCGUGGGCUACACGAGUGCAGCAAAUGUCCUGGCUGCGGCGAAGCUGCUGAAGUCUGGAAAGUUGAAGGAGGACGCCUGGGUGGUGACCUUGCUCAAUGACACAGGCCUGAAGUACACCCCGGUGCCAUCAGAGAUCACCAAAGCGUAAUCUCCAAGCAUUACAUCAUUAUCUUCUUUUAUUCAUUGUCUUUUGUAAUGUACAAUAACUUCUUUAUGACAAAUAAUGAGAUCUAAGACUUU